AUGCUUUUAUUUAGUAAAGCGAAAGCAAAUAUCUUGCUACUGAUAUGCUUUAUAUCAUGGUUUAUGGCAGGCAUUCGUGCUCAAUCAACUUCUCAAGGUUGUCUUAUUCCAAAAAAUGGUUUUGGAACAAAUGGUUUUUCCGCUAUCAUAUAUUCCUACAAUUCCGGAUCUGUAUCUAACAAUAAUUUUAAAACAUUCCUUUCAACGAAAAGCCAGUAUGCUUCUGGAUCCGUUUUAGGAACGGCCUCAAACCUUAACAAUGUGAACUUCAAUGCCGUUCCCAGUAUUUUUUCUUUAAAUUAUGGUAAAAUUUAUGGUGUUAACAUCGUAUUGACUUCUUUUGUGGUGGAAGCAACUGCUUUCUUUAUUCCAACAACAAGCGGUGUAUAUACAUUCAAACUGACGGGAUUGGAUGAUUAUGCAGCUAUCCUUUUCAGUAAUACAACUGCCAUCCAAUGUUGUCCCAAUGCUAUUUACAACCCAUCUUUCACCAACAACGUUGCCGUUUAUGGAACUUACAGUACUUCAAAUGUGGCCAGUGCAUCAUAUACAUUACAGAAAGGUGUUGCCUAUCCGAUACUUAUUACCUAUGUGAAUACAGAUGGGAAUGCCGUGUUGAAUGCAUCCUUUGUUGAUCCACUUGGUGCCUCCCAUACUGAUUGGACAGGUUAUUUAGCUCAAGCUACUGAUGUAUAUAAACAAUGUCCAGCAUAUCCAAUUCAAACAACGACAACAACUGCCUUGUACACAGGUGCCAAGACUUCAACUCUCACUUCAUCGGUCUAUAUCACGGGGUCUGAUGGUUUACCAACUGUGACUAAAGUCGUUAUAGUGGAGACUCCUUCAUUUUCUUUACCACCACCAUUUACAACUACUUUCGUUAGUGGGACAGCCACAUUGUCUGGGGUAGUAUCCUUUAAUCCAACUGUAAGUGGUACCGACACAGUUACUGCGACUAAAACGUCUACUAUGUAUCCCCCAUUUACCACUCCGGCUGCUUAUCUUACUACUGUUACUAAUAGCCGGGGUUCAAGGUAUUCAGAGUGGGUGGCGUAUUAUUCAACACAAUCAAACGGCAUUCCCUUUACAGCAACUUCAAUAUCAAGUAUACCUCCACCUUCACCAACGGUAAGUGGUUGUGCCAACCCAACGGAUCUUCCUUCUACUUUUAAGGACACAUUUAAAAUCAACCUAUACACCUACACUGAUUCAAAUUAUGGCUCAGGUUACAAUUUUCAACAGUUCCUUCAAUAUGACUAUAGUUCACAAGCAUUGUACGGUACUACAUCCGGUUAUGGUAAUAUUAAUUUCCAGGCAUAUCCAGGUAUCACCCUUUACGGUUCCUUGUAUGGUAUAUAUACCUACAUACCCUCUUUUGCAGCAGAGUAUACUUCGUUCUUUGUUCCUCAAUCUACUGGUACCUAUACUUUCCAAUUUACUGGUACUGACGACUAUGCUGCGUUAUUUAUAGAUAACACUAUAAGCUAUCAAUGUUGUUCCGGUGAUCAAGUUUAUCAACCAUCAGUCGAUAAUUUGGCCCUAUACCAAGCAUAUUCAAGCGCUUCGCAAUCUAUAAAUGUGAAAAUUGUUUUACAAAAGGGUGUUGCCUAUCCAAUCAAGAUUACAUUCCUGAAUAGGUCUCAGCAAGCCAAUUUAAAUGUUGCAUUUAUUGAUCCAUCAGGUACUUCUCAUUCAGAUUGGACCGGUUAUCUUGCUAGUGCAGACACUUUGAGACAGUACUGUGCAAAGCAUAUAACAACCACAACGACUGGUAGAUGGACAGGACAUAGCACUGUUACUCCCACAACUGUAACUACUUCAGUUACUGGAAGCAAUGGAUAUCCAAGUAUUAGUGUCAUUAUCGUUGUUAAUACUCCUUCUCCCUAUUCGUUGCCAACACCCUUUGUUUCCACAUUUGUCACCAAAGGCUCUACCGUAUCUGAAUUAAUUUCCUUUUACUCUACCGUGGCGGAUAAUUGGCCUGCGACAGGCACUGUGAUCUCCACUAUUCCACCGUUUUCAUUGCCUUCUCCCUACUUAACUACCGUGACGACCGGUGGAUCAACUUUCUCUGAGGUGAUUGCUUUCUAUUCGACGUUGUCAAGUGGGAAAAUGGUCACUGGUGCAUCUACAGCAACUAUUCCACCACCUUUCACCUUCCCCAGUUUGGCUUCAGUACACACUACGGUUCAGCCCCUUCUGCCAUCCAGUGGUUGUGUUCGACCACCUAACCCUCCAACAAACAGCGGAUUUGAUGUUAGACUAUUCCCUUUUGGUGACAUGCUUGGCUCUGACUAUGACUAUAAAUCAUUUUUAACAUUGGAAUACCUUCAAUUGCCAUUAUAUGGGAAAACAUCGGGGAUUACCUCGGUUAAAUAUUACCGAACAACUUUUUUUGGUAUUCCAACGUGGGUCAAUUUGUACGGCAUUACUAUUUUGACGACAUCCUUUGUUGCAGAAUUCAAGGCAUACUUCAUCCCACAAACCUCUGGUGCAUACACUUUCCAAGUAAUCAACAGUGAUGAUUAUGUUGCUUUUUUCUUCAAUGAUAAGAGCGUGUAUAAUUGUUGUCCAGGUCAAUCGAAUUAUGCCCCAUCAGCUACCACCAUGGCAAUAUUUCAAUCAUUUUCUGCUCUUGGUGCAGGAACUUCUAGUGUCACAUUUCUUCUACAGAAGGGGCAAGCUUACCCAAUUCAAAUUACUUAUCUGAAUCGUCUGGGAACAGCAGGUUACAAUGUAAAUUUUAUUGAUCCUGCUGGUGUUACUCAUGAUGAUUGGAAUGGCUAUUUGGCUAAUUCUGAUGCCUUAGCAAAGAGUUGUCCAAACACGCUUACUACAGUAACGUAUACCGUUCCAUAUACUGGUACAAAGACUAUGACAGUCACCGCACUCACAACGGUGAUUCCUGGUCUAAGUCUUGCUGAAGUUGUUAUUUUAGUUGAGACUCCUGGCGGAACUUCGUCUUCUUGGUCUUCAUGGAGUUUUGUUCCACCAUCUGUGUCAUUGCUACCAAGUUCUUCAUAUUUACCGACAUCUACCAGAAUGACGCCAACGAUUUCACCUUCAAGUACACUACUAAUUACUAAACUUUCAUCCAGUAAGUUCAACACUGUGUCAUCUUCUAGACAGAUUAGCACCUUGUCACCUUCGAAUACGACCAACACUAAACCGUUUUCUAGCAUGGUGACCACAUUACCAUCUUCUAGUCCAAUGAACCCAUCAUCUUCAACUUACAUGCUCAACUCGAAUUCCUUUGCCACGAUCUACCCAGUCGCCUCGUCCAGCUCAGACGCUGUUCUUCCACCUUACACCACUGUUAUGGUGUCUGGCACUUCUUCUGAAACUGCGGUUGUGUCAUUCUACACCUCGACCGACUCUUCUGGUAAGCCAACUACUGUUGCCACGACCUACCCAGUCGCCUCGUCCAGCUCAGACGCUGUUCUUCCACCUUACACCACUGUUUUGGUGUCUGGGACUUCUUCUGAGACCAAUAUUGUGUCAUUCUACACCUCGACCGACUCCUCUGGUAAGCCAACUACUGUUGCCACGACCUACCCAGUCGCCUCGUCCAGCUCAGACGCUGUUCUUCCACCUUACACCACUGUUAUGGUGUCUGGCACUUCUUCUGAAACUGCGGUUGUGUCAUUCUACACCUCGACCGACUCCUCUGGUAAGCCAACUACUGUUGCCACGACCUACCCAGUCGCCUCGUCCAGCUCCGGUAUGAUGACGCAAAGUGUGGGUUCGGCUAUUACAGGCAAUUAUGAUGGUAAAACGUCUAGUCUAGGAGAAUAUUUGACGGUGAGGUCUGGAAGUUCUCAUGUAGUAAUCUCUGAUUUGAGUAAUGGAGGUAAUGCAGCCUCUGAACAAACAUCGAUAGUAUCGAAUGUAGGUGCUAUUUCACGAACGCAAUUCUCCACUUCAACGCCGUUGUCAUCUGGGUAUUGGAAUAAUACACAUGUCAAGAUAGUCACGAAGACAAUAUAUAAUCCACUUGUAAUUAGUAGGUCAGCUUUCGUUUACAGGGCAUGGACAGGAUUUUCGAAUGUUACUUUUAGUUCCACAGUCAGAACGCUCUAUGGAACACUUGAGACCUCUUCCAGUGUUUCAAUCGAAGCAACUAAAGAACAAUAG